UCUUUUCUCCAUCCAUAACUGUGAUCAUGACUCCUGUGUGAAGAUGAUUCAGCUUCAGUCAUGACUCCCACUGGCACCGGUGAUUGUGCGCGCGCUGAUCUGAGGGGAUGUGAUUUCUCCACGGACUCCUCACCGCAUGCCCUCAGUUCACUGGUCUAACCGGACGAUGCGCGUGCUGCUUUUCGCCGUGUGCGCGCUUUUCGCGCAUGCCGUCGCAGGGCCCGUGUCGCGCGCGCCCUGUCCGGCUAAGUGCGAUAUGACCAAGUGCCCGGUGCCGCGUGCUGCGUGCCAGGACGGGCGCGUGCUGGACCGGUGCGGCUGCUGCGCGGUGUGUGCUGCGGGGGAGGAGGGUGCGACCUGCGGGCGUAAGCGCGAUCUGCCCUGCGCCACUGGGUUCGAGUGCGUGCGCUCCGGGGGAAAGAGAUCCUCUAAAGGGGUUUGCCGGUGUAAGAGCGGUCACCCGGUGUGCGGCAGCGAUGGGAAGACGUAUGAGAACCCGUGCAGGCUGGAGGCGGCCAGUCGCAGGGCGCGGCAGCGGGGGAACGCUCCGGUCACGCGCGCGCACAAAGAUCGGUGCGCAUCUGCACCUCCAGGUCCCACACACCACAACAGCCCCAGGUACAAGUUUAACUUCAUCGCUGAUGUUGUGGAAAAAAUCGCCCCUGCUGUGGUCCAUAUCGAGCUCUUCCUCAGCCAUCCACUGUUUGGUCAACACGUACCAUUAUCCAGCGGUUCAGGGUUCAUCGUGACAGAAUCUGGUGUAAUCGUAACCAACGCUCAUGUGGUGAGCAGCAGCGCCACUACAGCGGGCCGACAGCAGCUUCGGGUGCAGCUUCGUGAUGGCAAAACGUACGAAGCCUCCAUAACCGACAUUGACAAGAAGUCUGACAUCGCAACCAUCAAAGUCAACCCAAGGAAAAAGCUUCCAGUUCUUCCUCUGGGCCACUCAGCUGAUCUACGCCCGGGUGAGUUUGUGGUGGCCAUCGGCAGCCCGUUUGCUCUGCAGAACACCGUGACUACAGGCAUUGUGAGCACAGCACAGAGAGAUGGCAAGGAGCUUGGCAUCCGGGACUCGGACAUGGACUACAUUCAGACUGAUGCCAUCAUCAAUUAUGGAAACUCAGGUGGCCCACUCGUUAACCUUGAUGGUGAGGUUAUUGGGAUAAACACACUGAAGGUGACAGCUGGGAUCUCCUUUGCCAUUCCAUCAGAUCGUAUUAACCAAUUUCUUGGUGAAGCUUAUGAUAAGCAGUACAAAGAUAAACACAAACUAGUUAGGCUGCAGUACAUGCCAUCUCAGCCUGUGGUGUCUGACUCAGAUUUUAAAGGCACAAAGAAAAGAUUUCUUGGAAUCAGAAUGAUCACCCUCACAAAGGACCUUGUUAAAGAGAUGAAACAGCAUGAUCCACAUUUCCCAUAUAUCAGCAAUGGGAUUCUCAUUCAUGAGGUCAUUCCAGAUUCCCCUGCACAAAAGGGUGGACUUGAAGCAGGUGAUGUCAUUGUGAAACUAAAUGGCCGUCCGUUGGUGAGCACUGAAGAUAUACAGUUGGCGCUUCAUGGAGACAUGCCACUUCUUUUGGAAAUUAAUCGUGGCAACAAUAGUCUACUAUUCAACAUUGAACCACAUGUCCUCAUGCAGUAAAAAUACAAGCUUGCUGGAAAACUGGUGUGGAUUUCGAUGACGUUAGGGUUUAAUGAAAUUUAAAGUGUGACUGUUUUUUGUAUAGAUGGGAAGAUGGAGGCUACAUAUGAACAACUGAACACUCACUGUAAAGUUUUCAAUAUUACAAAGUGCAGUUAAGAUAUGCCAUAUAUCAAUGACCAGAGAACAUUGGUACAAUGGAAAUGAUGACUAGGAUUUUAUAAGUGUCUCUGAGCUUAACCGAAAACUCAGACUUUGCAUUAUUUUAUAUUCAGAUUUUACAUACAGUCAUACAGUCACUGGAGCCAAAUAUCCACCUUUAAAUCCUAGUCCCCUCACUGUAUCCACUACAAACUACCUGAAAAUGUUAUUUGACAUAACUUACAAAAUACACUACAUAUUUUUAACUAACUAGCUGAGAUAUCUUCUUGGCUACAUACACUGUAGCCAAGAACAUAUCUUGAGCACUGUAGUGCUCAUAUAUGUAUUGAGCACUGUAGUGUUCAAUAUUUAUGCGCUGUUUAUUACACCAUUCCAAGCAGGUCUUUCUAUAUACUGUAC